GUAUUUCCAGCAUUCUCGUAUCGCGUUACCACACUCUACUACAGAGAGUCCUAUCGUCGGAGCCACCAGAAAGUGGAGUUGGAGGCGGAAAAAAGGCGAACACUGUUUCGAAGCGCGAUGUACGGGAAGGUUAAAUAAUAGAAUUUUCCGCUAACGGAGCUGCAUACUAUCGGGAUAGCGUUUUUUUCCCUCCUUGCCAACUGGAAACAGGAGAAAGCCUUACAGAAACUUAAGACAUAUUGAAAUUAAGAAUAUAGUCAUUUGCUUUUUCGGUUUUGGCGGAUGUGAUUUCUCUUCAAUUUGUGCACAUUCUGUGGAUUUUCGUUCCGAUGAAGGGUGAAAAUAUCUGGUGAAACUUAGCAAAAUUUUCAGGCGUCAGAAGAGAAAGAAAGCGUCGGAGCAUUGGCGAGAAAACGACGAAAUCGCAGGAUAUGUAUGAAAUAUGAAGUGAGCAAUUCCAGGCAAUCGAGUAUGUGCAGUUUUGGCCUUGAAGUGUGACCUAUUCCUGAGUGAUUGGACGUUUUGAAUUACGUGCAUGUGUGAAAUGGAAUUUAGAAGCAAGAAGACACACACUCCGGAGUGACAGAUUUUGCCGAAUUAGCGAAUCAGAAGAUAUUAUAGAAAAAGUUGGUAUUCGCUUGAAGAAUUGCAACCCGAGAUUGGUUUUUCACUUGGUUCUCGUUUUUUUGUGCAGCGGGUGCUUUGAAAGUGCGGUUCUUCAUGUUGGUGAUGGACUAUACUUCAAAUAUGUUAGAUAGCGAAGCGUCGAUAAAGAAUUGUACGAUAUAAGCCACCGUCCUGUCACGGCACAUUGCAUUCGUUUUUCGGCACUGAUGGUCUCUUUGGAUUGCGCUGCUUUAGCUGAAAUUACUCUUAUACAGGAUAAUUCGCGCCAGAGGAAAAAAGUGUGAAGGAAUGUCCAAGGAUCUCUUUAAUGGAGUAGCAAAGUGAUAAAACAGAAAACAUGGUUUACGAGAAAAAAGAAAAAAAGAAAGUGAAAUGUGCAAUAAACUAGACAGGCUGUGUAAAUUAAAUGUAAAUUAUUCCUAAUGAGAACAAAAAAAGUAGCAUUUGAUCAUUAAAUUUUCUUCUGGACAAGAAAGGGGUAGUACAAUUCUCACUCUCCUCUCGCUAUCUGAUUGUGUGUGCAAUUUUGGUGUUAAAUUUUCGGCACGACACGCGCGUCCGGUAGUACCACACUGGUUUGUGUGUGUAUGUGUUCUAUGGUGCUCCAUGUUGCGUUGGUAUUUGUGCACAGAAAAGGAACCGCUGCUUACCCACCCACUUUCUUGUGACCACUCUUCGGUGAGAAAAAGCAGAGUUUUCGUUGCAACAGUGCUCUUACGGGCCAGUGUAGGGAGGUGGAAAAGAAUGUCAGUGGUAUCCGAUUCCGCUAUUCCGGUGGUGUAAUUUAUAUUUAAAUUGAAUAUUUUAUUGAUAUCCACAAAAGUGCGCGGAACAAGAAUAUUAUCGGCCGGUCAUAAAAUGAUUCCCCUUCAACCGCUCUGGUCGUUAAGUGAAACUACUAUUUGAGAGUGAAAAAACAGACGACAAGCCAACGGAACACAGACUGGAGUAUACACCCAUAAAACGAAAAGAUAAAUAAAUCAUAAAAAAGUGAGGAAGGGAGGAACACAUAACAUCACGACAGCGGAAAACGUCAAAUCGAAUAUCCAUCAAAGACCAUUUCUAACGAAAAAAGGGCAGAAACAAUGAUGGAUCCUACUAGAAAACUGCGUACGCGGAGUUGUUUGUUGACUGGGAUAAUGACAUUUCUGUUCCUGGUGGCGAUUCAGCAAGCGGCGGGUGAUCAGGACGAGGACAUUCCCCACAACGAGGUUCGCAACUGGGCGAUUCGUUUUGGAGUGGAUUUGUGGGAAUUUGGCCGACAAUUCACUAAAGUGAAUGAUAUUAGAAGUAAAUACAAGGAACGCGACGUGGAUGUGAGUCGCAAGGACGGCAUCCUGUUGCUACGUGAGCUGGCUGCCGAGGUGAAGAAUUUUAUGGAUUUUAAAAUGAAUGCUGUCAUGCGAAUAAUGGACUCGGCAGAGCAGGCAGCCCUUUCCGAAUCGGAUCCGGAAUCGGGUUCGUCCAAAUCCCAGGGAGGUGGAUUCUAUGAUGCGAGACGGAUAAACGAGUACCGAUCCGAUGGGAGACUAGCGGAGGGCUCCCGACAGAUGCUUCUGAGGCAUAUGAGGCGUUUCGAAGGCUAUCCGGUGAACAUAAGUCUGAGUUCUGUACUGAUGCCAAGUGGUAUGGAUCUCGAUGACUCGGAAUCGCAAGCCGCCAUCAAGUGGUCGUCACACUUGGAUCCAUUAUUUGCGAACAAUAUCGAACGGGAUUCCGCCCUGUCGUGGCAAUAUUUCGGUUCGAGUACGGGCUUUCUACGGCGAUUUCCCGGCACUGCCUGGCCUCCUGAAACAUCCUACGGUAGUAAGGAUAUCAAUGAUUUUCGCUCCGAAGAUUGGUUCAUCCAAGCGGCUUCCUCUCCAAAAGAUGUGAUCAUUCUUUUGGACUCCUCUGGUUCGAUGAGUGGCAAGGAGUAUCAGCUGGCGGUGGCCACCGCUUCUGCUAUUAUGGACACCCUUGGCGAUGACGAUUUCUUCAAUUUGAUUUCGUUCUCCGACCAGGCAAGAGUGAUUGUGCCUUGCUUCCAGGAUAAAAUGGUACGUGCAACACCGGACAAUGUGAAAGAGGUGAAAACAGCCAUCCAAUCGGUUGACUGUGAGAAUACGGCGAAUUUCUCCGCGGCAUUGGAGUCCGCAUUCGAAUUACUCCGACGGUACAACCAGAGCUCACAGGGCAGUCAGUGCAACCAAGCAAUCAUGCUGAUCACGGAUGGGCCAAGCGAUACCUUUGCGGAUAUUAUUAAACACUACAACCACCCGCAUAUGCCGGUUAGAAUUUUCACAUAUUUGAUUGGUACCGAUAAAAGCAGCGGGAAGAACCUGUAUCAGAUGGCCUGCGAUAACAAGGGAUUCUACGUUCAAAUCAACAGCGUGGAGGAGGCGAAGCGUAAGGUAGUCGAAUACGCAUUGGUUAUGGCCCGUCCAAUGGUGCUGUACCAGGCAGAUCACCCGGUUCACUGGAGCCCCGUUUUCACGGGAGGUCGCAGCGGCAUUUUGGGUCGAGAAAGUGAGAACAGGCGGAAGUUGGUAACGACUGUUUCUACCCCAGUGUUUGACCGACGGAAUCACUCUACGAGAGCUGCUAAUCUGCUGGGAGUGGUCGGUACCGACGUUCCCAUCGAAGAAAUCCAGAAAAUGAUUCCACAACACAAGCUGGGUGUGAAUGGGUAUUCGUUUGUCGUUGACAAUAAUGGUCGAGUGCUGUACCAUCCCGACCUGCGACCAUUGAGUGACAACGGGCAGUAUAGUGCAACACUGAAGCAUAAAUACAACUCGGUUGAUCUGACCGAGGUAGAGCUGCCCGAGGUUGAAAGUUCCAGCAAUGGGCUGAACGAACGGCACGAACAUAGAUAUACGAACAUACUUCAGGAGUUGCGCAAUGAAAUGGUUCUACAAAAAGAGGGCGAAAACGAAUUAACAGUGUUGACCCACAUGGAUAAUAUGAGGCGUAUAACUUUAAGGCCUUUGAAAUAUUUCUAUGGGCCAAUUGAGGGUACGCCAUUCUCGUUGGGAAUCGCUUUACCUGCCAACUAUGGCAUCCAUGAGCUGAACGCUCAGCAAGAGAUUCGGCAUUCUCACACCAAUGUUACCGCACACUUCCAGGGUAACAACUGGAAGGUCCACCCUGAUUGGGUGUACUGUGAGUACAACAGUCUGAAAGACGUUGAAAGCAAUGGCGAAAGUACGACGGAAACCACCUACCGGGACAAAGACGAAAACUUUGAUACUCCCGAGGAGCAAGUGCUCCACUUUUUGGCCCGCGUUGGCAGGCCUGGCUGGAAGUGGAUGUCGGUUCGUCCCCGAUCUCCCCAGCCACAUCAUGGACACGGUGGUAUUCCGGUUGGGCAUUAUGCCCAACAUCACUUCAACUCGCAGGGCUCUCGAAAAGCGGAGCCCUACUACUGCGAUCGUACUCUCGUUCAAAGCUUGGUUCGUGAUGCAAUCGUAACAGAUGGCCUAGAUCGCACGCCGACACAUCCGGCCAGGAAGGAGGACAGUAGCCCAAUCGCCACAUUGUUGGCACUGCUGCACAGGCAAGGAUUUUCGAUGUUCGAAGUGAAGACCACAUUCGUCGCUACACGCUCGGGGUUGCUGCGGUGGUUUGACCAUGUGCCUCAUCCUGAAAAUUCACCCGAACCCCAUUUCAGCGAGUCCAAUUCCAGGGCGAUGGACAUGAGUUGGUAUAAGCGAGCAGUGGACCAUCAUUCGAUUGAACCGGAUGGAUUUGUAUUUAGUGUCCCCUUCGAUUCUGGUUACUCUGAUAAAAACAGUUCCACGCUUGUGACGGCAACGCAUGCGGUGUUCAUAGACCAUCGCGGGCACAAGGCGCCCGCUGCUGUCGUUGGCUUACAGUUCCAGCAUGAAUCCUUGGCGAAGCAUUUUAUCAACAUCACAUCUGCAUGUACCGGUUCAACUUCCUGUAAGAAAACUUGCGCUUCCGACGAACUGGAUUGCUACCUCCUAGACGACAAUGGCUUCGUGAUUCUCUCCGAGCGGAAUGAGCACACCGGGAAGUUUUUCGGGCAAAUCGACGGCACCAUUAUGGACUCGCUCGUUCAGGACCGCAUCUAUCGAAGAAUAGCCCUAAUGGACUACCAGGGAAUCUGUUCGGAUCAGAACAAUCCAUACACGGCCGCUGGGGAACCCCUGAAACCGGUUAGACCAAUGUCCUGGCUGAUGAAAUACAUCGUCACUUUCGCCACAUAUUGGUUGUCGAUUUUGCCGACACCAACAUUCGCGUGGCACCAGAGCAAUAGCUACUACGACAACGAGAACGAUUUUGAAGAAGAUGCAUACGAGUACGAGAGUAACUACGAAAUGCCUCCGGAGCAUAACUCACAUGAUUCUACCACUCCGGAUUAUGAACUGCAUUCUACACCGGUGCCACACAGGUCGCACGCCACGUAUGGACCUCGUGUUGCGCCGGAUCCGGCCCACGCAAGACCGUGCGAUCUGAAGACGGAUCUCUAUAUUUUACAGCCGGACCGAUUGAAUUCUAGUGGGCAAAACAAUCCGCUGAAGGGGAAGCUUACAAAUUGUCAUUCUUCUGGAUGCGAGCGACCGUUCAGUGUGCAGAAGAUACCCCACAGUAAUCUGAUUCUGCUCGUAGUGGAUGUACUGUGUCCGUGUGGCUCGAAACAGCUAGAUAUAGAACCACAAGAGGUUCCUGGAGGUGCAGGAGCGUGCGGUCCCCGCCGUAUGGCCAAGGAGAAGAUGUUAAGGAAGCGACCGUCACGCUGUAUCAGCUACCACCCCGAGGAAAUCGAAAUCAAACAGUGCGGCAAAGCCACCACUCUGUUUCGGGCAUCGUUCUUCUCCACGAUAGCGACGUUUGUGCUGAUAUGGGUCUUGAACAUCGCGUGAUGAAGCUCUUUCGAAGGAAUGGCUGACACCUAAGCUGCAACUACCAAACCAAACCAAACUAACUAACUAACUAAUGACUAAUCAACAAGUGAUGCCAGCAUAAUCAUGAGAGAAAAAAACCAAAUCACACGACACACGUAUUAGGUAUGAUGUUACUCAACGGUGUGUUUACGGGAUGCAUUUUUACACGAACCAUAUUUUAGACCUCGUAAAAUUUGUCACUGAAUGAGGAUUAUUUGUGAUUGUUUUUUUGUUUCCUAUUGAGAUAAAAUUUGGGCCAAAAAUUAUGGUAAAAAAAGAACAUUUGGGUACUAUAAGUCAUAAGAUGAGAUGUUAUAGAUGUAUACACCUAAACUAGUGGACGAAUUGGACAGAAAAUAACGUAACGUACAGACUAGAGACGACGAAAAGUUAACGUAACAUCAUCACCAUCGGUGCUGCAGCGGUGUUACGUUUGAGAUGUUCGUGGCAAUACAUUUUGAUUAUUUUCAGACUUGUACGAUUGAAGUGUGACAUUGGUGCCAGGUGUCCAACCGUUAAGGUAAGAAUACUAUUAUUCAAACAAUUGGUUAAAACCCAAAUUGGCCAAACGAAGUCGCGCAAUAAUGGCUCGUAAGCAGUUGUCCAGUGUGCAUUUUCGGGACAGUGUAGCGCGGAAGGAAAACCAACUUAAGUAAUGGACAAUACGAAGUUUAAAACUAGAGCAAACAAGAAGAUAAAUCAAAUUUGAAUUUUAAGCAACCUGAGCAUGAGAGGAAAAAUCAACUAUCUGUGGUACGUUUUUCGAUUUAUUGAUCAUACUGGAGAGGGAGAAAGCAAGAAAUUAAUUCUACCCAUGAACAACAACAAGUAAAAAAAUAACAACAAAAAUAGCGAUGAAAAUCUUUAAACUACGAGACAGGGGGAUGACGGGACGAUAUCGAAACUAUGACACAUAGAAGGAGCGCAUAAUUUUAGAAAUAUAGUUAUUGAUGAGACUAUAGCGUUAGACAAGGAGAGAAAGAGUAACACUAUAGCGUAAUUAUGUUAGUAGUUAAAAUUUGAACGAUGAGAAAUUUAGCAAAAAUUAGUUGUUUUUUCUCUGUUGAUCGAUUCACAGAAAUCGUGUUUGACUCAGAAUACUCUAUGCAGAAAAAUGUCUAAAUUUUCGUUCCGUUUGAUAGCAUACAUUUAUUGGUAAACCUGAACCCGAAAAUGAGCGAGCUUAAUUUAGAAACGGUUUCGUUGGGAUUUCUAUAGUUGGAACUGAAACAACACUUUGACGACAACGUGAUGGUCUAAAAUUUGUGCUCUUCUUUGUUGUUGAUCUCAAGAUUGUUUCGGAAACAAUUUAGGUAGCUGUUGCUACUUUUUAGAACCACAAUCUAAGCUUCAUCUGAUGAUUAACUGUAUCUCAAACUGUUGAAUGUUGAACGUCAGCUGUUGUUUUGUAUUGUAAGAAUUGACUGAGAUCUUCGAUUGUAAUGUUUUUUGUAUAUAUGUGUAGUCAAGAUAGGCAAUUAUUUGAUUUAGUUGUUGUAUAUUAGUGUAAUGUUCAUGCCAGUAGAUCAAUCCUUACGUUAGUAAUUUAUCUGAUCGGUUGAAUUGAGUGGAUAUUUUUGUGCCGAUAGAAUUAUGACGGCGACUCUUGUUUGUCAGUUGUCUGGUUUGUUGAAUCGUUAGAGUCGAAAUAUGCAAAGAAUGUUCGAAAAGCGCCUUGCUUCAGAUAAUCUCAGAUUUUUGGGGAAAUUGCUUAACUUGUACGAUUUUUUACUACUCGUUGUGUUUAUAACGCGGAACGGUCAAAAAGUUUGUCACAGACAAUUUGCUCUCCAUUCUAUAUAUUAUAUAUGUCCGUCCGAAUAGCUCAGCGGGUGAUCCCUCAUUCCGAUUAAUAUUCUUCUGGCAGAGUUAUAUAAACAAAUUCGUCUUGCAUCGAAUCUAGCCAUUUUUUCAUGUGUGAGCAUGUUAAACUCACGCAUGAAUCUAGUUGUAGGUUCGUGCUGGGUAUAAUUUCUGGAUCUCAGGGGUGGAUCAAAGACCCUCCGGCGACUGGUGUUAAAAUUUAUCCGUUCGUAGGGACACGGACUUCUUAAUCGUCCGCACAGUAGUUUACAGAAGAGUGUUGUGAUAUCCGCGUUUCUGUGUCUGGUUCCGACAGGUCCCAGGUCUACCAAACAGCAGAGAUCUUCGUAUGCUGGUGUAUGAGAUGUUCUCCAUCCUAAAUUCCUCAGCGCAAACGUCAGGAACUUUUUCUGUACGUUUUUUAACUUUUGGAUAUACAGAUCAUAUUUCGGUCACACUCAUCAAACUCGCAAUGUCGAGUUUGGACCGUACAAGACUGGUAUAAAUCCUACAGCGUUUCCUUGACUAUUCGUUCUAGGUGGAAGCUAAACGUGAGGUAUUGAUUCAUCGUCACGCCUAAGUCUCGAACAUUCUCUAAUCGUUGUAGAUCCGUACCUCCCAGCCUAUAGUUGAAAGUUAUCGGCUGAACUCUCCUGAUAUAAUAAAUAACGGAGCAUAUGCUGGGGUUUAAACUCAGUCCGUCUCUCUCAACGAAUCUACCGAAAUUGACCAAAUCUAGCUAAAGCUAAAGCAAAUCUUGCUUGCAAACGUCGAUAUGUUUCAGGGCAGAAAAAUCAUCGUCCACGUAUGUCAACACUAUUGUGUUAAUCGAGCAUGAUGGUAAUUUAUUCAUGAACAUGACAAAUAGAAUAGGCCCCAAAUGACUACCUUGCGGAACUCCUGAAUUAACACCAAAGGAUUGGGAUACCAUCUGGUCGGAGUUAAUAAUCAGAACACCUGUCACAAUCCAAUAAUUAUGACCAAGCCAUUGUCAUUUUUUGAGAUAUCAACAAAGAAAACACUUUGUAUGUGAUUUACACUUCAAAAGACUAAAACACUCAAAUUAAUUUUUAUUACAUAUUUCUCGCACGAUUACGAAACAUUUUUGGCGGUUUCCGAGUCAUCGAACAUUAUGCUGAACUCACUUUCGUUUGUUCAAAUCAAGGCGCCUAGAAGUAUAUCCUAAGGUAGGCCAACUUUCUAAAAUUACUCUUCAGCCAUCUUGUUUGUAAACAAAACACAAUACGCUAGUGCCGAAGCUCGCUCGUGAUCAGUCUGUCUCUUUCACGCUACAGGCAAAUAAUUCCCCUUCUGCUUUCUUCCGUGCUGUUUUCAUAUACCGCUCCCCUAACCAACUUGGUGACGAAACGGCCUCACCUUAGGAUAUACUUCUAGGUGGCUUGGUUCAAAUAUGAUCUGGCAGAAGUCAUUUCCCCCAGUGGCAUUCGUUUGUUGUCACAUGGUACGAAUAAUGACACAAACGAGAACAAGAAAACUCUGUUUCGGUUAGCACUACGUGACCCACAAUCAUGUGCACCAGAACGCUUUCGGGACGCAGUUCCGGUUAUAUCAUAAGCAUAACCCAUCCAUAGUUUUUGAAAUGUUUUUCUCUGAUAGUCAUGGUUUUCCAAGUGCCACUCGACCUUUUAAACCUUGUUUAUGAAGUUGAUUCUGCACUGUUUGAGGUGUCGCAUGAAUAGAAAACUCACUCUUUAUUUGUUUUAAAAUUUUAGAAGCUGAUAAACCUCGAUUUUGAUAAUUUUUUAAUACGAUAGCCCUGUCAACUCGAGAAGUUGUCUUAGAUGGACGUUCUGUUCGCGUUGCUGGUAUAAAAGAACCAUUUUUAUUAAACUUUUGCACUAUCUUAGCAAUCGCAUCUUUGCUAGGUGGGACGAUAUCAGCAACCUACCGAAAAAAUCCUAAUUUUCAAACAAUGCUAAUUGUGCCGGAUAUGUGCUAAUUUAGAGCAGAAUUUUUACAUUCAUUAUAUUAUGUCGUAAUUAAUUAUAUUACUUCGUAUUAUAUUAUAUAUUUUUCGGUUUCAUAAUAGUGGUGGAUCACACCAUUGAGGAAGAUGGCGGUUCUUUCGGCUGAAAAAGGCUUGGAGGAUGAUAGCUCAGAUUGUUGGAUUUUACUUGCGUGGAAAAUUAAAACACUUUGGAGAACUUCUAAACACUAACAGGAUUUAUUAAUGGCGACGUGACACGUUAAAAGGUUGGAAUUGGAAUGAAUAUAAUAUUGGAGGCAACGGUUUGUAUGCACUUCGUUGGUAUUCGUUUAUGCUGUACAUCGGGUUUUGCUGCUGAUUGUAUGUGUGUUAUGCACCACACACUGCAUUUCGCGAGAAAGGGAGAGGCUUGGAUGGGAAAAAGAAUAGGGAUGGACUUUGCAAUAUGGUAAUGGGGAUACUUGCUCCUUCUUCGCGCUGUCAGUCGCGAACAAAUUGUAUCACAGUGACUACAGAAACGUUCUUAUUGUGUAAGAAUGUGAGGAAAAAACUUGGACCUGAAUUAACCUAAUGUUUUUGAUCCAUACAACGAAAAUGGAACCUUUUCCUAUUUUCUAACUGACGUUUAAGUUGAAAUAGGAGGUGAUGUUUAACUAUCUGUAUCUUUUAUACUUUUAAUAAACGGAGAAAUUGGGUUUAUCAAAAAAUAACCGGUCAGCUAUCCAGAAAAUUCACAGCAAGAAUCGUCAAUCGUCAUAAUUGAAGAGAAAAAUUCAGAAAAAAUGUUGGGAGAUUGAAGUAAUUGCACGUCACUACAAAUAAUCUGGCGAUAACAAACACACUCUGAAACACAUACGUGAAUACCAAGAUACAAAGUAUGAUUAGCAAUAAAACGGUAACUUAAUGGUUAUGGGAGCGACUCAGUCGAAUUUGUAAAUUGGACAUAGUAUCAAGCGAAAAAGCAGAGGAACAUAGAGAAAAAUACCCAGUAAUUAACUCUACAAAGUAUAAAUUGGUGUGUCUAUUGACUUGUUUGGGCUGUAAUUUUUGCUAGGUAAGAGAGGAUGUGUGUGUCACUCCAUGCGGAGCGUUGAGCUAACGAUAAGAAAUUGGAUGAAUGAACUAUUUUCAACUUAUAUAAAUACUUUUUUCGUGGCUGUCGCAUGCAUAUGAAUUGCUAUAUAUUACUCAUGUUUUUAUUUUAUCUGUCUGUAUUAUAUUUAUGACAAAGAAAAAAAAAUACGAGAACAUUUUUAUAUAACGUCUUCCAUAUAGUAUUAAUGAAAUGAAAAUUGAUUUCUUUCAAUUGAUUGCGAACACGAGUCGUAAGAGAAAUGUUUCUUGAUUUGAAAAAAUAUAUAUAGAAUCUAUGAACGCUAGUUAGAAAGUAAGUUGAAGAGAACAAAGGAAGGAAUAAUCCGAGAUAAAGAAACAGUUGAAUCUAUGCCAAGACAUGCAGUUCUCUUGGAGAAAAAAAAUAUGAAAACGAAUGCGAAAUAUGUCACACGAAGGAAAACCAAGCUGUAAUGAAAAUGUCCUCUCAAUCUGGCCGCAGUUACUUUCAUAUCAUGUAAAAAUGCUUUAGUUCUUGUUAGAGGUAAAGUACUGCCGGCCGGAUAAAAAAAAUAUCCUGAAAUCUGUUUUGGAUCAUAUUUUUAUUCCAAAAUUUAGCAACACUAAAAUCGUGGAGAAAAUCUUUAACAAAAAUAUAAAUAUGUUAUAUAUCAGUAAAAUAUUAUAUCAAAAUGAAAUAAGAAAAAAAAUCCUUAGAUAGUUCGAUAUCAUAAUUGCAUUUAAUGAAGGAAGAGAAAAAUCCUGCAUCCAGAAACAAAAAUAUCAAAUUACUGAAUCGAAGGUACGUGUACAUAUUGAAUCGAGACUAACAAAAACCAUCACAAAUUCCAGCAAAAAUUAUUAUACGAAUUCAUGUCAUUUUCACUCCGCAUAAACCAGAAGGCAAGUAACAUUUGAAGCUAUUGUAAAUGACCGGGCGGUGUAAUUAAACGUUCCUCAUUAUUCCAUUAUCUUAGCUGGCAUUCGUUUUUUCAAAUAGAAACAUGUUUUUAUAGGAAAUUGCAAUUUUAUGACAUGACGGUAGUUAAAUCAUACUCAUACAACCUGUUUAUAGUGAGGAUAAACAAAUUUGAAAAUCUAUAAACAAGAUGAAAAACGAACGAUGCGUCAGUGGCGUUGAGAUCUCAUUGAAAAACUGACCUUGCUUAACGUGUUCUCAUUCUUUGUUUUUGUUUUUUUUCUACAUUGAAACAAAA